AUGGCCCCCUCGGCCGGGUACCUACCGUAUCCUACCGUACUGCUCCUCUUCGUCUCCGUCCUCUGUAUCCUCGCGUACACCACCCAAGCCAGUGUCCAGUGGAAGUUGCCGCAGUGUCGCCUUGGCGUCAUCAAUUGCACAUGUUCCGGCUCAAAGAACAGCUACUCCAAAAGCGGCAUGCGGCCCGAGAUCUCGCACUAUGAAUAUUUGCAAAAAAUGUACCAGAAUUGCACUCACGUCUACAACAACGUCGAAAUCGUCAAUUACGACGAGGAUCGACCAAUCGAUUUUUUGGAUGAUAUCGUGCAGGUGAAAGGCUACAUCCUCAUCUACAACAACCAGAACAUGAGCAGCAUCAGCAUGAAGAAGCUGCAGAUUAUUUGGGGAGACUCGCUGCAUAGGAAUGAGUAUGCCAUCGAGAGCUGCAAGCACUACCAGGACGAGGAGACGAGACGAUGUGUCGAGUUUUGCUCCCCGCUUUAUCGGCUCAACCCGGCGACGAAAACUCGCUACCGUGACCCGAACGGGAAAUACACGCAUGAUAGGAGUUGCGUGGCAAAGUGUCCAGAGGGCACUCUAAUCGAAGGAGCAUAUUGCGUACUUCGAUGCAGCGAGGGAUACUUCUACGACGCGAGGGAGAACACGAAGGAGUGCCAGCCAUGCAAAGGGCUGUGUCCCAAAUCCUGUCGCCUGGAAGAGAUCAUCGACGCGUACAACAUCGAAAGCCUCCAGAAUUGCACCGAAAUCGACGGAUUUAUCCGGUUACGCACGCAUACGUUCAAGUCGCACAAAGGCACGAACAGCACCACCGUGCCGGCGCUACGACCGGAGAAGUUGAACUACCUGAAGACGGUGCGCCAGAUUACUCAGUUUGUCGACAUUGCCGGUAUCGACCUGAGAAAUCUAAGCUUUCUGGAAAACGUGGAGGUUAUUGAGGGCCGUGAGCUGUCUGAUAAAAAAUUCGCGGUGAUCGUGUCGAAUAACCCGCACGUCGAGUCAUUCAACUGGCGGAAAUUGGAUGAGCGAUUACACGGUGCCCCAAUUCAGAUCCGCCGUGGUGACGUCGUGGUCAGCCAGAACCACUUCCUCUGCUACCUCUCCAAUACAACAUUCCGAGGGAUCACAACAGCAAGUGUUGCUGUGAAAGACACUGGAUACAUGGCAGUGCCGGCGAAUUGCGAGUCAACAAACAAAUGCGACGAUAACUGUGACGCGGAAUUCGGAUGCUGGGGAAAAGGGCCGACGCAGUGCCGGAAAUGCAAAAACUGGGACCAGGAGGGGAGAUGCGUCAAGAAGUGUUUGGAGAAUGGCUUCCGAGCCGUCGAGAAAACGGACAAGCAGGGCAACCUGAAGAGAAUCUUGCCGGAAUGUUGGAUUGGUAAAAGACAACCGACUACGCUGCCUGCAGAAUGCCCUAUCGAGUACUUCCGCUCAGGAAAUCGCUGUUUGCCCUGCCAUGCGAGUUGUUACGAUAACGGCUGCACCGGUCCGGUGGAUAUGAUGGGUGAUCAUGGCUGUAAUAACUGCUCGAUCUACGUGGAAACGGAGCUUCACGGAAUCAGAUGUCUCUACGUCGACCGUUCCCAGAAUCACGACUCUGAAGCCUGCCAGGUCAACAACUACACCGGAUUCUUUGCAGCCCCAGAGGGAUCGAGAAUUCACUGCAAGCGCUGCGCCCCGGAAUGCAAAACAUGCACAACGGGCGGGACAUCGGUCAAAGAAUCCAAAUGCCAGUGUCGGAAUAUGAGCAUUCCGUCACUGUCCGAUCCAACGGAUCAUGAAUGUGUCAAGGAUUGCGGAUCGCAAGGUUACCCCCUAAAUAACACCCACUGCGCUCGAUGUCACGUGUUUUGCGAAGGUGGUUGCAAUGGACCGUCGAAUCUGGAGUGCAACAAGUGCAAAAACGCCACCAUCACCUACGGUAACGGUACGGUGGCUUGCCUGGCUGAAUGUGACGAUACACAUCCUUACUACGAUUCC